UUUUUUUAGUUGAGAAGGGCAGAAUCAGUCUUUGUUCACUGUCCUUCACUUUCUUGUUUUAAUCUUUCCCCCGUUGUCAACAUGGUCACAUGGUGGCGGCACUUCCUUCAGCUGUUUGUGCCGUUAUCUCGCCCCGAGCUUCAUCUCCAUGGCUACUGAGUUUCUCACAUCUCCUUGGCUGUCAGCUGGUGUCAUGUUUUCCUCCUGUUGUCUGUGAGCAGUGCUACCACGUCCCCUACCUCUCACUGAACAUGUUCCUGGGAGGACAUCAGCGGGACAGAGACUCGGCCACCGCCUACAGAACGAGCGUGGAGAUGAUGGCGAUGCUGCUGAUGUCGGUGAUUCAGGGACAAGUCGUGUCUUUGUACAACACUGAGAAGCAGGAGGCCUGUGAGCAUCUGGACCAGGUCCAUCAGACACCUGACAGCUCAUCAGCACCACAAACUGCCUCUCUGCAUGAAACGCAAAAGGCUUUCCUGACCUCAGCUGGAGUCACUGGUGGCUUGUUCCUCCUCAGCAGCCUGGUUCUGUUCUUCGGUGUGAGGGAGCAGCGGCAUGACUCAGUCCGACCUGACACUUACCGUCCUGAAGAUGGAACACGGCCGUCCCUUCUGAGCUGCCUAAAGAUGCUCAUACGUCACGUUCCUUACCAGCGUCUUGUGAUCAGCUUUGUCUUUAGUGUUCUUGCUUUUCAGAUGUCUUUGGGUAACUUUGCAUUGUUUUGCAGUCAUGCAGCUGGACUGGGAGCUCAUUUUCAGCUCCUCUUGCUGGUCCUAUUGAUAUCUGCUUCAGUCGCAGUUCCACUGUGGCAAUUUGUCCUUCUGAAAAUUGGAAAAAAGCCCACAGUUUUCAUUGGAUUUUCACUCUUCAUCCCAGCAGCGAUCACAGUUGCCUGCGUUCCCAGCAACCUCCCAGUCUUCAUCACCGCGUGCAUUCUGAUGGGAUUCAGUCUGGCGACCCUGUUCCUGCUGCCUUGGUCAAUGCUCCCAGAUGUGAUAGAUGACUUUGCCUUGAGACAUCCUUCGUUUAAAGACAUAGACCCUCUGUUUAUCUCUGGUUAUGCCUUCUGCAACAAGCUGGCUGGAGGCCUUUCUGUGGGACUUUCAACGAUGAUAUUACAGAUUGCAGGUUACAAAACAGGCGCGUGUAACCAUGGCGGUGAAGUGGUGACGGCACUGACUGUGCUGUUCUCACCCGUUCCCGUCGCACUUCUGCUGAUAGGGAUGGGAAUCUUUCACACCUACCCGAUCAAUGAGAGGAAAGGCUUACGGCUAGAGGAGCAAAACGAAAGAGCCUCCUCCUCAUCAUCACCAGACCAGAGAGAGCACUCAGAACAGCCAACAAGUUCUCGACGGUCCCGUGUUGAUGACCCAGAGCCCAACAGAUUUCACAGGUGUGAACUAUCCCCAUGCUGUCAGUGCUCAGUCAGGCCAUCCUCUUCCUCAGCCGCAUCAAACAACCCUGAUGGAAAUUACAGCAGGAAGGCAUCACCAGUUCAGUUACAAGUAAAUCCUCAGUGGCAAACACCGAUACGCUACCACCCUGAUGAACGCUCAGAAGAAAUCACGCUGAGUCAAAGCUUCGCUGUUAAUCUUCCCCUCUGUAGAAGGUCCCACGUCCGAUCCAAGGUGUCCUGGGUGUAAGGGGAGGAGACCUCAGAGUGGUACUGAGGGUUAAGCCGGGCGUACACUGUACAAUUUUAUUUUUUGCCCUUUUUGGGCCGAUGCUUCAGUCCUGCGAGAAUUUUUUUGGAUCGGGCCGAGUUUCAGCUGCAUCGUGUGUCCGGCGUCGUGUCGUAUACAGGCGGUAACGAGGGGCGAUUAGCCUCUCACGACCGCCAGGAAUUGCACGGUCGGAUGAAAAUCAAACAUGUUUGAAAUUCACUAUAAUCUAUAGUGAAUCUAUAGCAGCAGUUUGAUUAUUUCAGCUUUGUUUAAACGUCGUGUCAUUUAAUUUCCCUCUGUGUUGUAGAUUCAACCGUUGUUCCUGUGUAGCAGUAGAUCCAAAAUAAAAAAAAACCCAAAAACAAUUAGCUGAACCACUCCUUUCUCCUACAUCCAGCUGUGACUGCACUCACAGCAUGCACCUCUUUAACUAAGAGACUUCAGUUUUACUUUAUCAUCAUCAUCUCCAUAGCGAAGUGUCCAAACCUAGAUGGACGUGGAAACAGGCCAGAAACAGACAGAUGACAGAAGGAUGACCGGUAUCCAUCUGCUGUGGUUGAAUAUCUGGCACCACCCAUCUUCCUGUAAAGCUUGGUUACCAUGGAUACUGGACACAACCGGUGGAUGAUCAUUACUGUUUAUCAAGUUUACUUUACUGUUUACUGUUUUAUACAUCACUACUGGCUGCACAAUAAAUAAUA